UUUCUGUGUUAAUGCUCCUCUGUGUCUUCAGUUCAAAAUUGCCCACUGAAGCUACAGCAUGGAUCCCUUGGGAGCUCGUUCCCAGUUUGUGGAGGUCCAGACCCUCCCCACAUGGGACCAGCCUCAAGGAGUCCAGGACGAGGUGGAUAGAGAAAACCAAUUACCAGAGGAAGAUGAGCAGCUGACCAAUCAGCUCAAUUCUUUAGAGUCCCCUUUCCCCUUCAGACAAGACAUCAAUAGAAAGAUUGUACUAUUUAAUGGAGAUGUGGCACUUUUAAACUGCACUGCAAUCGUCAAUACAAGUAAUGAGACACUAACGGACAAGAACCCUGUAUCAGACAGUAUCCAUAGAUAUGCCGGACCUGAACUAAGGGAUGAACUACUCAAACUGAAAGGAUGUCGGACCGGUGAAGCAAAAAUGACAGAGGGUUUCAACUUGGCUGCACGCUUUAUCAUUCACACAGUUGGACCCAAAUAUAAAGCCAAGUACCGGACCGCUGCAGAGAGCUCUCUUUACAGCUGUUACAGAAACGUCAUGCAGCUUUCCAAGGAACAUGCCAUGGCAUCUGUGGGUUUGUGUGUGGUCAGCACAGUCAAAAGGGCAUAUCCGCUGGAGGAUGCCACACAUAUAGCAUUAAGGACUGUUCGUAGAUUUCUGGAGAACCAUGGUGAAAAUAUUGAGACGGUGGUGUUUGCUGUUUCGGAUGUUGAGGAGCCAGUGUACAGGAAGUUAAUGCCGUUGUAUUACCCAUGCUCAAAAAAAGAAGAGAAGAUCAGUCUGCCUCUCCUCCCGGCCAACAUUGGUAAUGCUGAGGGGGAGCCCGUGGUCCCGGAGAGACAGAUCCGCAUUGCUGAAAAGCCAGGAAAUCUAGAUGAUGACUCUGGGGAUGACUCACUACAGUCCAACCUGGGGCUGGUAGGAAGUCAUGCGUUUGCUCGUAUGGAAGGGGAUGUGGAUAAGCAGCGUAAACUCAUCCUUCAGGGCCAAGUGUCUGAAGCAGCUCAGCAGAAACAGCACCAAAGGAAUUAUAACCGCUGGCUUUGCAGAGCUCGAGCAGAGGACCUUUCAGACAUAGCAGCAUUAAAGGCACUAUAUCAGACCGGCGUUGAUUUGUGUGGUAGGACGGUCAUGGUUGUUGUUGGCAGGAAUAUUCCAGUUGCAAUUAUUGAUAUGGAGAAGGCUUUGCUGUAUUUCAUCCACGUGAUGGACCAUAUUACAGUCAAGGAGUAUGUGAUGGUGUAUUUCCACACACUCACUGGUGAACACAACUACCUGGACACCGACUUUCUCAAGAAGCUUUAUGACAUUGUGGAUGCCAAGUUUAAGAAAAACCUGAGGGCUUUCUACUUCGUUCAUCCAACGUUCCGCACCAAGGUCUCUACAUGGUUCUUCACAACAUUCAGUGUAUCAGGCCUUAAAGAGAAAGUCCAUCACAUAGAGAACCUCCAGCAGCUCUUCACCUGCAUCCUGCCUGAGCAGAUCGACAUCCCUCCUUUCGUCCUGGAGUAUGACACACGGGUUAACAGCCCUUAUUACACAGCUCAGUCCUCAGGCCUGUGAUGGUGCCACUUUUCACCGGGCACUCAACCCAAUGACCCUGACUUUGAUGUGAACAAGAUGAACACAGACAAAAGUGCAUCUUUGUCGUUCCUGUUGGGCAGGUUUUCUCUGUGAUGGUGAAAGACUCUUGAUCAAUAAUGCUGUAUAAACACAUCCAGCUGAAACCUGCUGAACUGUACCAAACCCAGAUGUCACUGAAGGAACCGCCUGCCUGACCGAAGCUGUUUUUGGACAAGGUAUGUUUGUGUGGUGUGUGGACGAAGAGACUGAAUUUGACAAACAUACUAAACCAAUGUUUUGUACCAAUGUGAAACACAUGUACCAGUGUCUGUGAGAAUAAUGGCUGGCAAUAGCCGAAACCAUUCUGGUUUUAAUUUCUUAUGUCCUUGUCCAUCCAACCGUCUAAAUGCCUCAUAUUUUGCUGUUUUGUAGUUUCAUCUCAUGUUGUCUGCAGAGUCACUAGAAGGAGCAGCAUUCUGCUUUUAUCUUGAUUCUCUUUUUUUUU